UGCUUAUAAAUGCUAUGGUUCAGGGAUGAAAUUAUAACAUUUACCAUACACAAAACUAUGGGAAUUGAUAAAUUCUUAGUAAUUUUUAUUUUCUUGGCGUUGAGUUUCUCAUUUGUCACUGCUGUUGAUCCUGCACCUCUUGAUGACUUUUGUGUUGCACUUGCACCAAGUGGCUCCAAGCUUGCGGUAACUGAAAAUGGACAAUUAUGCAAGGAUCCAAAGUUAGUUACAGCAGAUGAUUUCUUCUAUUCAGGACUGAACAUACCAAGUAACACAAAUAAUAGAAUAAGAUCAAAUUUAACUGAUGUUACAGUUAAAGAAAUAAAAGGAUUAAAUAGCCUCGGAAUAUCCAUAGGCCGUAUUGAUUUUGCACCCAAUGGUAUAACUCCUCCAACUUAUCAUCCUCGAGUAUCAGAGAUUCGUAUCGUCCUAGCGGGUACUAUCUAUGUAGGUUUUAUCACAUCGAAUCCCGAUCAUCGUGUGUUUGCAAAAAUUCUACGCCCCGGAGACGUUUUUGUUGUUCCAGUUGGCUUAAUUCAUUUUGUGAGGAAUAUUGGAAAAACUCCUGCCGUUUUAAUUGUAGCAUACAAUGGCCAAAAUCCAGAUGCUGUAUUAGUACCGAAUACAAUCUUUGGAUCAACACCGCCUAUUUCCCCUGAAGUUCUUGUCAAGUCAUUCCAACUUGAUAAAAAAACGGUGGUGAAUCUCCAGAAACAAGACUGGACUUAAAAUAUUUGUCAUGUAUUUCAAUUUUAUGUAGAUUUUGCAACAUAAUAAUUGUAAAAGGCCGGACCAGGUCUUGGA